UCUCCAUAAAAAUGGCUUGGUCUUUCAGUGUAUAACAAACACUCGGACCACUACUUUACAAUAAUUGUAAUGUCGCAGAGGCGCCCCCCAGUGGUGGGUCGAUAGCAGCACCGAGAGGCGCCCCCCAGUGCUGGGUCAAUAGCAGCACCGAGAGGCGCCCCCUUGUGGUCAACUGGCGGCGCGUGUGCCAACAGCUCGGUGGAUGGAGUGUCCAACUGGAAAAACUAAAAUCCCGUAAAGGAAGAAGAUACUCGUAGCAAUUGUUAGGAUUGGUCCACUGACGAGUCCUGAUUGACAUGUGUCCUCGAGAUCGGUCACCAGCCGUCUCCCUGCCCGCUGUGCCGAGAUAGCCAGUCAGCGAGCGCGGCGCCGGAGGAAUGACCCGUGUUCUUCGCCUUGGGUGACGCGCCGACAGUCGGAAAAAUGUUGCAGGCCGCCAGGAUGGACUUGGUGCUUCUGGUGUCUAUUCUUGCCUUUCAUGCCACCGCGGCCUCAUCAGGGGAAGGCAGCGCCGCCGACAAUAACGGAACCGUCCCGGCUGUUCUCAGCGCCACAAGCCAGCUGAUUGCCCGCGAAGGAAGCUGUGUUCUCAUUGAUUGCAACAUCACUGGCGAGCCGUUUCCCAGUGUGAAGUGGUUCAACUCUCACGGGGACCAUGUGGACACCGACACCAGCAGUGGGAAGUGGUGGCUUCUGGAGAACGGCGUCCUCAACAUCACCAGCAUCGAAUUUGCCGACCGUGGAAAGUAUACAUGCGUGGCCUCCAAUGUGCAUGGCACCUCCAACUGCACAGUGACGCUGCGCGUGGUCUUCACCAACGGUGACAUGGGUGUGUACUACAUGGUGGUGUGCCUGGUGACCUUCACCAUCAUCAUGGCGCUCAACGUGACGCGCCUCUGCAUGAUGAGCAGUCACCUGAAGAAGACUGAGAAAGCCAUUAAUGAGUUCUUCCGCACGGAGGGCGCCGAAAAGCUGCAGAAGGCCUUCGAGAUCGCCAAGCGUAUCCCCAUCAUCACCUCCACCAAAACCUUGGAGCUGGCCAAGGUGACGCAGUUCAAGACCAUGGAGUUUGCACGCUACAUCGAGGAGUUGGCGCGCAGCAUCCCACUCCCCCCGCUCAUCAUGAACUGUCGCACCUUCAUGGAGGAGAUCUUGGAGGUGGUGGGUGUGGAGGAGAUGAGGCACACCUUCCUCAGACAAGCACCAGAGGGACGUCGAGAGGCAGUGGGUGGGAUGGCCGCUAUCGGAGCCAGGGAUGUGUUCACUGUCCUGCAGGAGAGGCAGCGGGAACGAGGGCGCCAGCUGGAGCGAAGCGAAUCCCCCGCCGCUGACUCCGACAAUUCUUCUGUCCAGGAGCAGCCGCAGCACAUUGCCAUUCAGGUGUCAGUACACCCGCAGCUCGCCGCGGAGGGUUGCUGUACUGUUGAUGCACCACCCGAGGCGGCGCCCACCGACCCCGGUGCUUCACCGCCAGCUUCUCCACAGGAGAAGGAAGUGGAAGAACGUCAGAGCGAGGAGCCGGCUAGCCCACCCUGCCAGAUCAUCUACGAGAGUCACGUGUAAGCAGGAAGACAACGGUUGACGCUCAGCAGGCUGGUACAGAAACCAACCAAUCACGCGGCCUGGCACGCUUGAAUGUAUCAACCUCAUCAUCAGCAAAGAUUUCUGUGGGGUUCUUCCUCCUUCUUUCCUUUCCACCUUAACAAGUCCAGCGUCUGUUUCUUUUUUCCUUUGUUCUACUCUCAAGCUGUCUGAUGUGUGCUGCAUGUGAGCCAUCUUUGCUCUCCUCAUGAUGCCUUUUGGAGUCAAUAAAAACCAAUAAAACUCAUCACGUUCUUUCAUU